AUGGAUCCAUAUUUAAAAUCACUUUCAUUGUUCCGUCGCAGAAAGUAUGAACAGUGUAUUGAAAUUUGUAAUGAGCUACUCAACAACAAUCCAUCGCUUCAAGGACCUUGGGAGUUGAAAAUGCGAGCCAUGACUCAAAGAGUUUAUAUUGAUGAUAUCGAAGCUGAAGAGGAUGCGGUAACAGAUGAUCCAAUGGACACUGAAAUUCUCGCGACAGCACCUAAACCAGGCACAUCGUUAAGAACGGCAACAGCAAUUAAGGCUGGACAACGAACAGCGUCGUCGCGACCGAGAACGUCGACAGGUCGGCCAUUAACUGGAGUCGCAAGACCUGGGACAAUUCAACAACGUGCGGGAACAUCUUCAUUGACUGGAAAUCGAACCGCACUCCAAAGUGGACGUGGAAAUACCGCACGCAAUAUCAGACUUGGCUCAGCAUCAAUAUUUUCCCUCUCUGACAACACUUUCAACAUGUCUCGCCUUAAUCCAUCGGUGUUUGCAAUGAAAUCAACAGUAGCUAAAAUCCUGUUUCAAGUUUUAUAUUACCACGAGGGAGAUGUUAAGAAGGCACUUGAUUUAUGCAAUGCCGUGAUGGAAUUAAAUAAAACAGAAGCUGGUUGGUGGUGGCUUACUCAGAAAGGUCGAUGUCUGAUUGCAAUUGGUAAUGCACGAUUGGCAGAGAAUUCUUUACGUUCAUCUUUGAAACUUUUACCCCAUCCUGAUACAAUUUCGUUACUUGCGCGAGCUUAUUGUAGAAUUGAUCAACCAUUAGCAGCACUUGAAGUUUGUAAAAUUGGCCUCGAGAAGCUUCCCAAUGACAUUUCACUUUUGAAGCAGCAGGGAAGAAUUUAUGAAUUGAUUGGAAAUUUACCAACAUCUGUGAGAACGUACAAGCAAAUCAUUCAACUCGAUCCAAUGAAUACUGAAGCCUUGAGUUGUAUUUCUGUUCACUAUUUUUAUAAUUAUCAACCGGAAAUGGCCCUCGUUUACUAUCGACGACUUCUUUCGAUGGGAUUAAACGCCUGCGAACUUUUUUGCAAUAUUGGUUUGUGUUGCUUAUAUGGGGGUCAAUUGGAUUUAGUUUUUUCGUGUUUUCAACGUGCUUUAAGACUAGCGAUUAGUGCAGAUCAAAAGGCUGAUGUUUGGUAUAACAUUUCAUUCAUUGGACUGAAUAUUGGAGACUUGGACUUUGCAAGACGCUGUCUCAGAAUUUGCAUAAGUUUAGAUGGUGGACAUGCUUCAGCAUUAAACAAUUUAGGUGUUAUUGCAAUGAAAAAAGAGAAUUCCACGAAAGCCAAAAUGUAUUUUAAUCUUUCUAAAAAGUUGCUACCAGAAAACGAUGAGAUUAAACAUAACAUUAAUUUGAUUGAAAACAAACAUUAA